AUGGCCGGGGAUAGCAAGUAUCAGAAGAGAAAAAGGCGCAAGAACUGGGAAUGCUCUCAGGUUGAACAAGAGGGAAGUCGAGGAAACGCGCAGACGAGUGAAUUUAGCUGCCAACCCAACUGGGGCCGUCUAAAGGAGGCAGGCGGGCCUGGAGGAAGCAGCCAGCGAUGGACAGACACCUCAACCCGUGUUAGCGCGGGUAUUGGGUAUACUUCAUAUAUACUAUCCAGAGACUCCGUUGAAAGAAUGGACGAUCCGCCUAUCACUACAGUCUCGAGCGACUCGCGUGAGCGUUCUUCCAGGCCGAUGACUCAGACGACCAAGAGGCCGCAAAUCACACCCCGAGAGUACGCCGAAGCCAUCAUCUCCCAUUCCAAACAAACCAUCCAAGACACGUUGUACCCCGGAAAUGUGUUCGAGGAUCUCGGCCUCUAUUUGAAGAAUGGGUUACAAAACUAUGAGCUACCCGGCAACAACAUCCAGGGAACGUUUGCACACCCUCGAUAA